AUGCGGCAGAAUGCAUAACGGAAUUGUUAGAUCUCCGCUGUUUACGACAAGUCGACAGCUUCAAUCAGUUUUCUUAUGUCGCAAGUACGCUACUAGGAGGAAGGACAAACUCCCAGUUCUUCGUGAAUUAACAGAAGUGAAAAAAAAGGCAUCUGCUCAUGUUACGAACCCAAAGCAGGUGUCGUUUGGAAAACGCGGAGGAUCACACGAGAUCGCAGCAAAGGUCCAAUACCCUAUUUAUGAGCGAGUUGCUGAGACUGGAAAGUAUGAUGAAAACGUGAAGAAGUAUAGACAUAUUAAAGAGAUGGUACCAGAAUUCAUAGUUCCUGAUCUGAAAGACUUUAAGUUGAAGGCGUACGUGCCAUGGGGAACAGAAGAGAUUAACCAGGCAGAGUUUACACCCAGGGAUCUCUUUUUCGCAACAUAUGCAAAGGACUUGGAGAAAGACUUUUCAGAAAACAAAACUGAACUCGAAGAUUCAGGAAAAGAAAACAUUUGAUGUCAAUAUACAUCACAUUACAUAAAAAAUAACUGAUGUUUUGUACGUGUGCCAAGUCAGAAAACUCUCAAAAACCUUAUUAAUUCCUACAUGUAUCUCCAGAAAUCAGCAGGAUAGUCGAUAUGAACUGAUUUCAUUGUCAUGUUAAAACAAUAAUAGUCAUGCACCAUAACUUAAUGAUGUUGAAUUUUAAUCUGCUGUUUGGUAUAUAGAGACAUCUUUUUGAUGUUUGGCAUGGAAAUUUUGAGAUAUGAUAAUACUUCGGCUAUACAUUGUCUGAUAUGAUAUUGUACACAAAACACUUAAUGGAAGAAAAUUAUCACAACUUUUAGGUCAUUGCUUCUAAAAUGGUUAAAAUGCUGUCUGUCAAACUUUGUGUUCGUACUAACAGGUUUUAACACAGAACAGUGUAUCAACUAGAUAAUGGAAUGGCACAUCCAAUACUCGGCUACAUACAGAAUUACCAUCUGGCUCAUUGAUAAGUUUAUCUGCGAGUCCUUAGUCCUUUACUCAAUGAAUUUGUUAAGAGACUGAAAGAAAUUAGUAAAUUUUAAAUUAUUUGACCCAUAGUUUUUAGCUAUCAAUUUGAAAAGAUUUCUUGAAACUCUGCUACAUACAGAGUUACUUCCCUUUGUUUACCAUUUGCCAUUUUCUUCUGAAACACUUGCAGAAACAACUGUUAGAUAAUGAUCUAUUUCAUUUUAUUUUUUCCCUUAUGUUUGAAGAAAGAAGUUAGUUUCGACAGGUUAGUGUGUGCGGUGUGGGUAAGACUGUUGGAAGUUAGUGUUGACAUGUUACUGUGUGGAGAGUGGAUUAAGACUGGCGUCAGUAUGUGGAAUGUGGAUUUAUAACCACAUGAUCAUAAUGCAUUAAAAUUAAUCUUGUUGGUGUUUACAAAGUA